ACUUGACGCGGCUCAUGGCUGCGGCAGCGGCGGCGGCGGGAGCACGAGCGACGCGCCUGCGCGCAGCACCGCCCUCCUCCACCUUCCCGUCAGCCCCUGCGGGCGGCACCGCCCUCCACCUUCCCGUCAGCCCCUGCGCGCGGCAGGGGACGGGCAGCGCUGCGCGGCUCGUAAUGGCGGCGUACCUGACGCACCAGCAGAAGGUGCUGCGCCUCUAUAAGAAAUCCCUGCGGCACUUGGAGUCCUGGUGCAUCUAUCGAGACAAAUACCGCUACUUUGCCUGCCUCCUGAGAGAACGAUUUGAUAAGAACAAGGAUGUGAAGGAUAUGGUGAAAGCUACAGAGCUGCUAAGGGCAGGUGAGGAGGAGUUCUGGGCAAACCAGCAUCCUCAGCCGUACCUCUUCCCUGACUCCCCUGGGGGCACUGCCUAUGAGAGAUACGAGUGCUACAAGAUUCCUGAAUGGUGCUUGGAUUACUGGCAUCCUUCUGAGAAGGCAAUGUAUCCUGAUUACUUUGCCAAACGAGAGCAAUGGAAGAAGCUGCAGCAGGAAAGCUGGGAUAAAGAGCUUAAGCAGUUGGAAGAAGAAACUCCAGCUGAUGGUCCGAGAACUGAAGCUUUGCCUCCAGCUCGUAAGGAAGGACAUCUGCCACCACUGUGGUGGCAGUAUGUUACAAGACCUCGUGAAAUUCCCAUGUAAAAGCACUAUUUCACAUGAGAAUUGAAGUGGCUUAUCUUCUGUAGGCAGUGUGUCAAUGACCACGUGCUACUCUAAGUAAAUAUACAAUAAAGCCAAAUAAAGUAAAAGAGAAGGCA